UCUAACUGUCGGGUCGGAUCGGAUAUCGUAUGACAGAUGUCAGUUGACACCGUCAAAAUGUGAUUAUAAAAAAUAAAUUACGCCGGUAGAAAAUAAAAAUUGAAGGAUAUUAAAUUAAAUUAACUGUUCCAGCUAAAUUAGUAUUAUGAAGGAUAAAAUGUAUAGAAUAAUGUUACUUAGACGUAGAUAUUGUAAACGAGGGGUUUGCGCGAUCCUUGUGCUUGCAGCAUCUUUUUACAUUUACAUAUUAUUGUUUGGUAACUUAAAAUCACCGCAAAUAAUUCAUAUAACUGAUUUACACCGCUGCCCUGCUUGUUAUGGGGUAUCAAUAUGUCCCGAAUUAUAUUCAAACCAGAUAAACCUUGAAACUGGGGGUCAUUGGUCACUAGCAUUUAAUGCCAAAAAUAUUUAUUACGGGUCCACAAAAUCUAAAAUUAAAGUUAUUUUAAAGAAGUUAGCUCAUGAUUGGGAAUUUAAAGAGUUUGAUUCUAAUUUAUGCAAGAAAUGGAACUUGGAAGAAACCUGCAAACCAAUUCACCUUAUUAAUACAUCUAAUGUUGAGGAUAAAAUAAUUAAUAUUGUACAGUAUAAUUUUACUUGGCCCGAUUCUGAACCUCGUAAGGGACUUGUAUUGUGCCCUUAUGCAUAUAGCAUACAUGAUCUUAUAAAACCUCUAAUUGAAAAUAGGAAAUUAAACUAUAAGUCUGAAAUGUUGAAUAUCUGGACAAUGCUCAGUAUUAAUCCAGAACCCAUUAUUUUGCAGAUUCUGCCAAAAUCUCAAGGUUGGCCUGUACCAGCAUAUGCCGGUGUGUGUGGAAGACUAGAGGUAGUUGCUUAUGAAGGAGUACCAAUUUCAUCAUUAACACAUAUUGAAUGGCAUAGAAAACUGAAGAUUGCUAAACAGAUUCUGGAAGCAGCGAUGGAUUUUACUUUUAAACAUGACAGGUUCCGUUUUUAUUUAAUGGAUUGGUCACUUGAUAACAUUGUUGUGAAUGACAAUGAUGAGAUUUCGUUCGUUGAUUUAGAAGAUGUUAUCGUUCUUGAUAAGCAUAUAUCACCAAAGAAAGAUUUACCAGAAUGGUACCAGCGUUACAACAGAGAACUUAUCGGACCAGGAUUCACAUUUUCUAUAGAAAACAUGUGUAAACAUCACUUGAGUGAUCACAAUUUGUGGGCGGCUUGUUAUAUUAUCGGAGGAGAGGAUAAUCCUUUACUCUAUCCUAUACCGAAAAAUAUCAACGCCUCGCGACCGUAUUUAGACAAGCUGUUGAAUGAAUGUUUAAAUAGUGAUGAUAGAUUUAAAAUUCUUGGUAAGAUUCAACAUUAUAUCAGUGAUAUGUUGAUGGAUGAAAAACUAUUUGGAUCUGGUACAAUAAGGUGAAUUUUUUCUACUGUCUGUUAGAUAUUUAUAUAACUAUCUACAUAAUGUGUGCAAUGGAAAUGAGUUUCUUAUUAUUUAUUUAGUCUUAUCUUAAUAUAUGAAAUGUCUUCUGGAUGUACAUGGAAAUUAAAUCAGUACAAUAGUUGGUAAGGAUUAGAAAAUCAUAUUUGCAACUUUGCAAUUUAUAUCGUUAGGUAUAACUUGGCAAGUUUAGCCAUUAAGAAUCAAAUGUAAAUAUUUUUCUUCAUAAUAAAUGUAAAUUACAAGAA